AUGUCUUAUUAUUACCACGCGCCUACCGAUACUUAUUAUUUCGAAAAUGGCAUUGUCCAGGCCCCUGGCAUAGUUUACAGACCCGGCUCUGCUCCUCCCCCCGAUGUUUUACCUAUCGACCCGGCCUUCUUUGCAAAACUUAGUGAGGAACUCGCCCGAACUCAGCAGCAAGCCGUCCAGAAUCAAGAGGAUCACGAGGAUCUCGGGGACUACCAGGAUCUUGAAAUUCGUGAGAAUAACGAGGAGGACUACAGUGGAUAUCAGGAUCUGGAGAAUCAUGAGAAUCACAAUCAUGAGAACCACAAUCUUGAGAAUCACUACCACGAGAAUCACUACCACGAGAAUCACGACCACGAGAAUCACGACCACGAGAAUCAAGAUCACGAGAAUCACCAGGAUCACCAGGGUCGCCGGGAUCGCCAACAUCCACAAGGCCGCGUAGAAAGCACGUGCCCUAUUUGUGGGAAAAGUUACACAAUUAGACACAGUUUCCUCGAGCACAUCAUGUUUAUCCACAUGGGAACUGUAUGUUUCCGGCCGGGUUGUGCUACAACUACUACCACUGAGAAGCAGCUUAGAGUCCACAUUAGGCUUACCCACAAGCCUAUCAAGCAUGGAGAUACAUCGUACCAAUGCUCUUGGCCUGGAAGAGGAAAUAAUGCGGAACCGUGUACUAGAGUCUACACAUCAAAGCGUUCGGCUGUACGAUGCUCAUACCGUCAUCAGUACCAUGCUAUGAAGCAGCAUGAGGCGGAUAAUGAACAGCCUUCUGUCUGA